AUGAAUAAGGAUUGGAUUAAGCUUAGAGAUAGAUUCUUAAGAGAGUACAUUGACAGAGUUGCAAAAUUCAUGGAAGUGGCAAUGUGUCAGACACAACUUCAGAAUUAUCUCAAGGGCAUUAAUCACAAUUCCCUACUUGGUUCAAAGAUCAUGUGGAAGGAUGUACCUAGUGAUAUCAUUUCCACUAUAAAGGCUCGUUUACAGACGAUCGAGAAGGGUGAAAAAAUAGGUCAAGUAGAAUUGUUUUACAAAAGUCACUUUUCAGAGAAGGAUGAGUGGAUAAGUGAAGCCGCCAAAGAAGCAUAUGUUCCACUAGGACACGUUCAUAGCUUGGGAGGGGAGGAGGAUGUAUAUGUUGUAUAUGUUGCUCUUAAUGUGGGGAGAGGCCCCAAAGUCAGUAUUAUGGACACCAAAACCAAAAUACUUCCAUUUUUCUCAUGUUUUUUCUUCCUCCUUUUGCUUUGCUCUCAUCAAAGUUUUGGCCAAAAUGAAGAAGAAGAAGCAGAAGAAAUCAAAAGAUCAGAUUUUCCAGAGCAUUUCUUUUUUGGAACUGCCACUUCCUCUUAUCAGAUUGAAGGAGGUUAUCUUGAAGAUGGGAAGGGAUUGAGUAAUUGGGAUGUUUUUUCCCAUACUCCAGGAAAAAUUAAGAACAACGACACCGGAGAUGUGGCCGAUGAUCACUACCAUCGGUUUUUGGAAGAUAUUGAGUUGAUGCAUUCAAUGGGGAUGAAUGCUUAUCGCUUUUCCAUUUCUUGGACGCGAAUUUUGCCUAAAGGAAGGUUUGGUAAAGUCAACAGAAGAGGGAUCACCUUCUACAACAAAAUCAUUGAUCAUUUGUUGCUGAAAGACAUAAAGCCAUUUGUGACGAUUCACCAUCACGAUCUUCCGAGUGAACUCGAUAAAAGAUAUGGAAGUUGGAUGAGUUCUCGAAUGCAGGAGGAUUUUGUAUAUUUUGCAAAAAUUUGUUUCAAAGAGUUUGGUGAUAGAGUGAAGCAUUGGAUUACGAUAAAUGAGCCAAAUGUGAUAACGUUGAUGGCUUAUACAAAAGGAGUUUAUCCACCGGGCCAUUGUUCGCCACCAUUUGGAAACUGCUCUAUUGGGAACUCUGAUUUUGAGCCUCUCAUUGUCAUGCACAACAUGUUACUUGCCCAUGCAAAGGCUGUUCGUCUUUAUCGCACCCAUUUUCAAGAAAAACAAGGUGGAUCCAUAGGAAUAGUGGCAUAUGGCCACAUGUAUGAACCACUAACAGACCAUGAAUUUGACAUAAAAGCUGCAGAGAGAGCCUUGAUUUUCAUCUUUGCCUGGGUGUAUGAUCCUAUAGUAUAUGGAGAUUAUCCUAAAGAAAUGCGAGAAAUUUUAGGAAGCCAACUUCCAAGUUUUUCAGACUUAGAGAAAAAUAUUUUAAGAGGAAGCUUGGACUACAUUUGUGUCAACCACUAUACCACAUUUUAUACAAAAGAUUGUCUUCAUUCGGCUUGCUCUUACGGUGGAGAUCAUCCUAUUACAGGAUUUCUUAACACCACAGGAUAUAGAGAUGGUGUUGCCAUUGGAGACCCAACAGGAAUAGACAUAUUCUUUGUUGUUCCAAGAGGUUUGGAAAAAAUUAUUAAUUAUAUCAAACGAAGAUAUCCCAAGAAACCCAUCUUUGUCACUGAAAAUGGAUAUUCUAUGCCACCGGGCGAUGGUAACACAGUUGAAGACAUGAUAAAUGACACAAAACGUGUUAAUUACCACAAGAACUACCUUGCUUCCUUGGCUAGAGCAAUAAGGAAUGGAGCUGAUGUGAGAGGGUAUUUUGUAUGGUCUUUAAUGGACAACUUCGAAUGGGCCGAUGGGUACGCCACCAGAUUUGGGCUUUUGUAUGUGGACUUGCACACACUUGAGCGACGACCCAAACUUUCGGCCCAAUGGUUUGCUUCUUUCCUUGGCGGCAAUCUACAACAGCUUACUAAAUCUUCGUCCAUUAUAAAUAAAAAUGCCUUUGAUUCUCUCAUGGAGGAUUAA